AUGCACUUCAUUGCCUUCAAUUUUUUUUCGAGGUUGCUCACCUUCAGUCCUCCAUCGGCUCCCGCCCCCUUCUUUCCCGUCCUUCAACAACUGGAACUACUGGAACGUCUGUCAGGUCUGCCAGCAACACCUCCCAUGGUGGCCUCUGUCUUCCUCCUAGCCAUCGUAGUCGUCGUCGGCCCUCCUAUCUCAUUCGUCGAUCCUCCCAGUCUCGCGUCCCUGCCUCCCUUGCUUCCAACCUUCGUAUUCUCCUUACCACCCUCCGCUGCUACUGCGGUCGCCGGGGGCGCAGUAAUUCUGCAACUCUUGGUCGUCUUGGAACAGUGA